AUGAAUCUGUUCAUAGACAAAAGAAGUUUGACUCCCGAGCCCUUUCUGACAAGUCAUGAUAACUGCGAGGACUACUUCCGACGUCGCAUGGGCUUCUACAACUCAAAACCAGUUAACAGCAUGGAACAGAAGUUUCCGAUCGCUUUCAGUUUGCUCGUUUAUCACCAGUUCGACCAAGUGGAACAACUACUCAUGGCUAUCUACAGGGAGCAGAACUUUUAUUGCAUCCACAUUGACAAGAAUGCACGGUCGGGAUUCAGAUUAAGAAUGGAGAGGCUAGCGAGCUGUUUCCCGGACAAUGUGUUCAUCUCUGAUGUGUCGAUAGACGUCGAGUGGGGCAACUACUCUCUCCUCCAGGCAGAACUGGAGUGCAUGCAGCAACUACUCAACAUAUCACACAAGUGGAAGUAUUUCAUCAACUUGACGGGGGAAGAGUUUCCUCUGAUGACUAACUUGGAGCUGGUCACUGUCUUGAGACGAUUCCAAGGCGCCAAUAUUCUAGAUGGACCUGAAGAAAUAUACGAUGUUAAGCCUUGGCGGUAUCCAGAAAAAUUACCCCACGGCAUGGAUCGCUACAAGAGCUCGACUCACGUCGCCCUCAGUCGAGAUGCUGUCUAUUUCAUCAUCAACGGCGAUCUUUCCAAGAAGCUGCAGCAAGCCCUGAAGCCGUUUAAUUUUGCUGAAGAGUCUUUCUUUGCUAUACUGCAGUACAAUCCGAGCUCAAGCAUGCCGGGGGGUCUGAUAGUUGACGGAAAUGACAAUCGAAUUAAGCGGCAAAAGUCUAUGAGGUACAAAUUUUGGAUCCAUUCUAAGGAGGAGCUCGAGCGAUGUUAUUCUAGAAGAAUCGUGCGAGAUAUUUGUUGUAUCGGCGUCAAAACGCUUCCUGAGCUUGUGGGGAGCUUUUACGGAAAGGUUUUGUUCCUAAACAAGUUCCCAUGGUUUUUCGAACCUAUGGCUUGGGAUUGCAUGAACUUAUGGCAUCAUUCAAAAGUGAGUCUAGAGUUAUCUACCAAGAGUGUACCAGCCAACUUCUCCAACUUGGGAAACGGUUCUCAGGUCAUUUGGUCUAGAAAAUCAAAGAGCUCCGCAAGAUGACGGACCAAUAUUGAGACAUUUUCAAAUCACAACAUGCAUUUUAUAAAUAAUUUGGUUAGAAUGGCUUUUGGGAAAAAGGUUUUGUACAUUUUAUGAAAUGCUUGUUUCACUUAUCCUUGCACUCGAAUAAAA